AUGCUGCCCGCUCUAUCAGCUCCUUCUCGCGAGAAAUGGCAGAAGUACGAACGGCGUUCGAUGGCAAAGCGGCAAGAAUUCAUAGAAAGAUACAGAGAUGACUUUGACAAAGUCCCUAUCACAAAUUCAGACAGCAUUAAAGCCGGUGAUCAUCUCGUUUUUGAGAGAAACUAUUAUCUCCUGCAUUAUGAUCAUCACAUGCUGUGUACCUUCAGCGGAGAUAACCAUGUUUUGGUAAUUCACUACACUGCCCCAGCUUUGGGUGCCAGUAGAGGUCUAAGAAGCAUCUCGUUUAAAGAUGUUGGAAUCAAGGCCGAAGUAAAAGAAACAAUGUUUUCAUUCGAGGAACUUCUGAAACAGCAGGUUUGUAUUAAAGAAACAACCUUGAUGCAAAAAUCUUUACCUCCCACGAUGUUACUUGCGAAGUUAAAGAUCGUUUCGUCAUUUUUGCGGUGUUUAAAGAGUCAGAUCAAUCUCCGGCCCCUUCUGAAGAAACAAAUGAAGAUAAAUCUGUAUCACUUGAUUUUCUAAGUCGCAAGUCGCUUACUUUGUGGUGUUUUGACCUAAUCAAAGUGUUUAUUAGAUAAAUAAACUAAAUGGUAUUUUGACAACGAACACUGAAACUGAAGGCUGAAGUUUCGUUCGAUGAACCGUUCAUGAAAACAUUUCGACGGCUAAAAUUAAAACUACUUUAUUAGUGUAUCGCACCAUAAAUCGUGUACUCGAAUUGAUAACGACUGAGAAACAAAUACAGCGAGCACGACAAGAUCGGAAUUACAAUUUUCAAUGUCCAUUUCAGGCUUGAAUUUGUUUCAAUUUCGAUUUUCACUUGGCUUUCCGUUAUGUUAAUGCUACUUCCGGGUUGACAAAAUCUUUGAAAUCGUCCUUUUUUCACGCAGAACUGGUCGAAGAACGAAUCAAAACACAUAAUGUUUUGGAGACAAAGCUAGAGUGCAGUCUGAAAAGAGUCGCAAUAAAAACUUAAGGAUUAAAUUCGAAUUACUAAAGAGAUUUUAAAUAAUAUCUUAUUCUUGACUCCGCAGUUCAAGAAUUAUUCCGACACUGUAUAUUUAACGUUUUUCAUACGCUUACAGGUAAAAAAGGUCAUCUGGCCAGCUCAAUUAAAACGUUUUUCUGUGGAGGAAGUGAUCAAGAGAGCUUUCACCAGGCUGGGUGAAAACUGGUACGAUUUUCUAAAGAACAGCUGUGAGCAUUUCGUAACUUGGAGCAUGUGUGGGCUCAAGGUGAGCCUUCAAAUAGAACAAUGGUACCUUACAGCGCGAGAAGUCGCCUAUUCUGCUUUCACAGGCCUGUAUGACUUUGGUAGAAAUAAAACUAAAGAGAAAGUUCUACCUCUACUUAUCAAACUCCUGGCUAAUGUUUCCGACGAGGUGGCCGCUUUCAUUGGUAAAAAUACUCUCUAUGUGGGGUAUGGGUUAGCAAUCCUCAUGGAAGCUGGCCUAGCCGGUUAUGAGAACUACAAAGCAUGCACUCAUUGUAAGACUCCGGAAGAGUUUGACGUCAAGUUCACUGACAUUGUUGCCAAGGCAGCUUGUCGUUUGGUCUUUGGAAUCACCGGCUCAUGGAUCGGCACAGCGGUAUGCCCAGCAGCUGCCCCGAUAGCGAGCUUGGUGGGCGGUGCAAUAGGAGCAGGUUUGGGGCAUCUCUUUGGAGCUUUGAUUGGCUGGUGGUAUGAGAAUUCCCCCUACAUGGACGGAUAG